AUGGAAAAACGAGGAGAUUUGACAUUUGACAAGAUAUUUAACCAACGAUUGGGGUACUUGAUCUUCAAAGACUACUGCCUUAACUAUCAUGAAGAACCGGUUCCUCAAAUCCGCUUCUAUGAGGAGAUCAAGAAAUUGGAAAGCCUGGAAACCGAUGAAGAGCGGAUCACACUUGGCAAAGAAAUCUACGAUCAAUUCAUUAUGAAAGAUCUGCUCUCCCAAUCUCACCUCUACACUUGCCUCAUCAGUAUGCGAGAUGAAGUUGAAAUAGAAAUGGCAGAAUGUUGA